GAGGGAGAAGCAAGGAUGGGCGGCCUUGGCGUAGCCGCAGGGAGGUGACUGAAGCGAGCCCAGCCCCUUGCAUCCUCCCCCUGUGAACCUCCCUCCCCUUUUUUUCCGCCUUCUGCCAGCAGUAGCAGCAGCCACAGCACCUGAGCCGCCGCUGCCGCUCGCUCAGGACAACGCUAUGGCUGAGCCUGGGUACAGCCUCCAUCCCUCUGCCGUAGGCAGGGGAAGAACUGAGCGGCGCACGCUCCGGCUUCUGUGGCUGCUGCUCUGGGUUGAGACCGCCUUCCAGGUGACCCAGGGAGCGGGACCGGAGCUUCACGCCUGCAAAGAGUCUGAGUACCACUACGAGUACACCGCAUGUGACAGCACGGGUUCCAGGUGGAGAGUCGCCGUGCCGCACACCCCGGGCCUGUGCACCAGCCUCCCCGACCCCGUCAAGGGCACCGAGUGCUCCUUCUCUUGCAAAGCUGGGGAGUUUCUGGACAUGAAGGACCAGUCCUGUAAGCCAUGUGCUGAGGGCCGCUACUCCCUCGGCACAGGCAUCCGGUUCGAUGAGUGGGAUGAGCUGCCCCACGGCUUUGCCAGCCUCUCAGCCAACAUGGAAAUUGAAGACAGCACCACGGAGUCCACGGAGAACUGCACUUCGUCCAAGUGGGUUCCCCUGGGAGACUACAUCUCCUCCAACACGGACGAGUGCACGGCCACGCUGAUGUAUGCCGUCAACCUGAAGCAGUCCGGCACUGUCAACUUCGAAUACUACUACCCAGACUCCAGCAUCAUCUUUGAAUUUUUCGUCCAGAAUGACCAGUGCCAGCCCAGUGCAGAUGACUCCAGGUGGAUGAAAACCACAGAAAAAGGAUGGGAAUUCCACAGUGUCGAGCUAAAUCGAGGCAAUAAUGUACUCUAUUGGAGAACCACUGCCUUCUCGGUGUGGUCCAAAGUUUCCAAGCCUGUGCUGGUGAGAAACAUCGCCAUAACAGGGGUGGCCUACACUUCAGAAUGCUUCCCCUGCAAACCUGGCACGUACGCAGACAAGCAGGGCUCCUCUUUCUGCAAACUUUGCCCGGCCAACUCGUAUUCAAAUAAGGGAGAAACUUCUUGCCACCAGUGUGACCCUGACAAAUAUUCAGAAAAAGGAUCCUCCUCCUGCAAAGUGCGCCCCGCCUGCACAGACAAAGAUUACUUCUACACUCACACGGCCUGUGAUGCCAACGGAGAGACGCAGCUCAUGUACAAAUGGGCCCAGCCGAAAAUCUGUGGUGAGGAUCUCGAGGGGGCGGUGAAGCUGCCUGCCUCUGGCGUGAAGACCCGCUGCCCACCGUGCAACCCAGGCUUCUUCAAAACCAACAACAGCACCUGCGAGCCCUGCCCUUAUGGCUCUUACUCCAAUGGCUCUGAUUGUAGCCACUGCCCAGCUGGGACUGAACCUGCUGUGGGGUUCGAAUACAAAUGGUGGAACACGCUGCCCACGAACAUGGAAACGACUGUUCUCAGUGGGAUCAACUUUGAGUACAAGGGCAUGACAGGUUGGGAGGUGGCUGGUGACCACAUUUAUACAGCUGUUGGGGCCUCAGACAAUGACUUCAUGAUUCUCACUCUGGUUGUGCCAGGAUUUAGACCUCCACAGUCGGUGAUGGCAGACACAGAGAAUAAAGAAGUGGCAAGGAUCACAUUUGUCUUUGAGACCAUCUGUUCUGUGAACUGCGAGCUCUACUUCAUGGUGGGCGUGAAUUCCAGGACCAACACUCCCGUGGAGACGUGGAAAGGUUCCAAAGGCAAACAGUCCUACACCUACAUCAUUGAGGAGAAUUCAACCAUGAGCUUCACCUGGGCCUUCCAGAGGACCACUUUUCAUGACAUAGGUAGAAAGUACACUAAUGAUGUUGCCAAGAUCUACUCCAUCAACGUCACCAAUGUCAUGGAUGGAGUGGCCUCCUACUGCCAUCCUUGUGCCCUGGAAGCCUCCGAUAUGGGCUCCUCCUGCACCUCUUGUCCUGCUGGCUACUACAUUGAUCGGGAUUCGGGAACCUGCCACUCCUGUCCCCCUGACACAAUCCUGAAAGCCCACCAGCCUUAUGGCAUCCAGGCCUGCAUGCCGUGUGGUCCAGGGACCAAGAGUAAUGAGAUCCACUCUCUGUGUUACAACGACUGCACCUUCUCAGUCAGCACUCCAAGCAGGACUUUCAACUACAACUUCCUGGCUUUGGCGGAUACCGUCUCUCUGGCUGGAGCGCCAAGCUUCACCUCCAAAGGGCUGAAAUAUUUCCAUCACUUCACCUUCGGUCUCUGUGGAAACCAGGGUAAGAAAAUGGCCGUGUGCACCGACAAUGUCACUGACCUCCGGAUUCCUGAGGGUGAGUCAGGUUUCUCCAAGUCCAUCACAGCCUACAUCUGCCAGGCGGUCAUCAUUCCCCCAGAGGUGACAGGCUACAAGGCCAGGGUGUCCUCGCAGCCUGUCAGCCUCGCUGAUCGACUUAUCGGGGUGACAACAGAUAUGACUCUGGAUGGAAUCACCUCCCCAGCUGACCUUUUCCACCCGGAGUCCUUGGGAAUACCGGACGUGAUCUUCUUUUAUAGGUCCAAUGAUGUGACCCAGUCCUGCAGUUCUGGGAGAUCAACCACCAUCCGCAUCAGAUGCAGUCCACUAAAAUCUGUCCCUGGAAGUCUGUCGCUGCCAAGAACAUGCUCUGAUGGGACCUGUGAUGGCUGUAACUUCCACUUCCUGUGGGAGAGUGUGGCCGCUUGCCCGCUCUGCUCGGCUGCUGACUACCACACUAUCGUCAGCAGCUGUGUGGCUGGGAUCCAGAAGACUACUUACGUGUGGCGAGAACCAAAGCUAUGCACAGGUGGCAUCUCCCUGCCUGAGCAGAGAGUCACCAUCUGCAAAACGAUAGAUUUCUGGCUGAAAGUAGGCAUCUCUGCAGGCACCUGUACUGCCAUCCUGCUCACCGUCUUGACCUGUUACUUUUGGAAAAAGAAUCAAAAACUAGAGUACAAGUACUCCAAGCUGGUGAUGAAUGCCACCCUCAAGGACUGUGACCUGCCAGCAGCCGACAGCUGUGCCAUUAUGGAAGGCGAGGACGUGGAGGAUGACCUCAUCUUUACCAGCAAGAAGUCACUCUUUGGGAAGAUCAAAUCGUUUACCUCCAAGUUGAUGGACUGUUUGGGCCUUUUAACUUCCAGAAGGAGUACUGAACCAACCAUGUUCGGCCAGCUCCUGUCACCAUCUCUCUUUCAGAGGACUCCUGACGGAUUUGACUCGGUGCCACUGAAGACAUCCUCAGGAGGCCCAGACAUGGACCUGUGAGAGGCACCCUGCCUCGCCUGCCUCCUCACCUUGGCACAACACCUUGCAAGCCUGUGGCGAUUUGGGUGCCAGCUUCCUGCAACACGCACUGCUGGAAAUCUCUUCAUUGUGGCCUUAUCAGAAGUUUGAAUUUCAGAUUUUUGUUUUUUUAUAGAGUACCCAAACUCUCCUUUCUGCUUGCCUCAAACCUGCCAAAUACACCCACACUUUGUUUGUAUAUUA